AAUGAUUUCAAUAAUCACUUUUGAGUUUGUGUUUUAUUUGGUUUACACUUUACAUAGGAAACGAAUAAAAUUAAAUCAGACCUAAACACACUAACUCGGUCCGGUUUGGUUAAUUUUCUUACGGGUUUAUUGAGAGAUGGGCCUUAGGCCCGAGAGAGAACACAAACUGGAAUGAGGAAGAGGAACAGAACAGUUGUGGUGUGUUACGAGUUACGACUGAAGAGUGACGGAGAUGGCGGUGAACGCGUGUCUAUCUCCGCCGGAGAUGAUGGCUGUCCGGCCAGGGGAAGGCGUUCCGAAUUCAAAAUCUACGCAGGGAAAAACUAGGCUCUAUCUCACCAAACCUUCAUGGAUAGUCAGAACUCAGUCUGGAGCUAAGACGUGUAUGAAGUCGAAGGCGAAAGGACGAUGCGUAAUCUGCCAUGGAAGUGGAAGAGUCGAUUGUUUCAAUUGUUGUGGGAAAGGGAGGACUAAUUGUGUGGAUGUGGAAAUGCUUCCAAGAGGAGAAUGGCCUAAAUGGUAUUCUUGAGGCUUUUAUAUCUGUUAUUUGAUUCAAGAACUAAAGGAGUUCAAAAUUUUUUUUGGUUGUUUUGGUCACAGGUGCAAGAGUUGUGGAGGGAGUGGAUUAAGUGACUGUUCUCGCUGUCUUGGCACCGGAGAGUACAGAUACAUCAUGGGUUUCCGCUUCUUAAACCAAAACGAUGAUGCCGAUCCACAAUAAUGAUUUGGAGAAACUCUUAACGAUCAUGUCCUUGCCAGUUUUUGUAUAUGUCCAAUGAGGAGGCUUAAGACUUGUUUAGUAAUGUUGUAUAUGGUUGCUCCUGACUUGUUAAUAUUGUUUGUAAUCUUCAAGGAUGUUGUUGCAAGUAAAGAGAAAUCACCAGUCUACAAGUUCUUUAGGAAGAUAAAUGAAACGUAGCCACCGUUAGUUUUAUAUUCUUAAGCUUACAUUGCAAAAUUGUUGUAUCUUGGCUUUGUACUUACUAAUGGUAUAUUUGGAUUCUUUAGUAUAAUGGGAAGGUUCUGAGUC